AUGACCACGGCCCCCGCCAGGAGUGGCAUGAUCAGCCUCGUGAGGAGCGCUGGCAAACCUAGCCUCGUGAGGGUGCCUGGAGAGAUCAACCUCCCCAGCGGUGAGGCCCCGACCUCUCCUUCUCUCCCCGUCCCCAUCGCCCGCUCCGGCCGCUUGUCUCACGUGCGCGCCCGCGCCGUGCUCGUCUACACCGCGCCACCCGCUGCCCCACUCCUCUCAGCUGCUGCACCGCUCGCCGGCACCGCCCGGCUCCCCACGUCGACCCCUCUCAACGCGGCCCUGCUGCCCGCUGGCCUAGCCCGUCUGCCCCGCUCGCCUCUUCCUACCACCGUUGUUGCUGCCUCUGCUAUGUCCCCAUCCGCGCUUGUUGUCGCUGCCCAUCGCCGCCCUGCCGCUCUGCCCCGUGUAGACGACGCGCACGCAAGGCCGCCCCGCAUCCCCGUCUCGGCCGGCCACGCCCGCCCCCGCUCCGGCCUGCAGCUAGCGGCCGCCUCCGCUGCUCGCCUGCGGUCGCCUCCCCUGCGUAGCUUCCUCUGCCCGCGCCGUCCACCGUCCGCCGCGCCGCUCGGGGUCGCUACCAGUCGUGGGACUAAAAUGAAUUAA